AUGGUGAAAGUGAUGACCAAUGUAUCUGCCGUCGUCCCGUCCGUUCUGGAUGAUGUCUUGGAUCGCGAGGGUAUGGAUGAAAUCGACGUCAUAUAUGAGGACAUGAAGGUUAGCGAUGAAGAUGACGAUGAGGAGAACGAGAAUAAUGCACACAGCACUGAGAGUCUUGGAGAGCCAACAGCCACGGAAAGUCAUUCUCCUACCGAGAAUUUCGAGUCCUCGACACAUUCUCUGGACUAUAUAAUUGCGAGACAAGCCCCAAUGGCUCCUCCAUCACCUCGACCCAGUCCCUAUCCCCUAAUUCCCGUAUUCUCGCCCAAUCAUGCUCUGCAAGAUGAGGAAUCAGAAAAUCAGGAUGUUCUCAACCAUAUCAUUUCAGCCGCGCGACGAGAUCCUUUUCCUUCAAGAGGGAUAUUCAACAUGGACCACUUGAAUCAAGCCCUCCGCGAAGUGAUGGGAGACGAACAGUAUGAGGGUUUUGACGGCCCUGGGGUGGUGGGUGCAUUUCGCUCCAGCAGUCAGUUGGAAAGAGACAAGAAAAUCAGGGCGGCGGGAGAACUCUACGUAAAUACAAAAUUUCCCUAA